ACCGCUAAAAUCCGACUGCGUUUAGCGAGCGACUCCCCGCUUUAAGCAGAACUCCGGGCGCUGUCGGGUCGUGUGGAGGCGAACUUCUCGUGGACUGGGGCUGAACGGGAGUGUGAGGCUGGCGGAGAGCCUCAUCUGGAGAAAAGCUGAAAAACCGGACCGACGCCUCAGCACCCGGAAGAGCGAACGACACGCGAGGGAUGGAAGUAUCGGCUCGGUUUUCUUCUGCAGUCGAGAGAUAAAACCGUGAAACUUCCCGCUCGGUUGCUUUCCGUCGUCUUCCCACAUUAGCAGAAUGGCAGCCUCCGCUAUCUUCAUCCUGGACCUGAAAGGCAAGGUGCUUAUAUGCCGAAACUACAUGGGCAACAUUGACAUGAGUGAGAUUGACCACUUCAUGCCUAUCAUGAUGAAGACAGAGGAAGAUGCAGAACUAUCGCCGCUUGUGACUCAUGGCUCCACCCACUUUUUAUACAUUAAACACAGCAACCUCUACCUGGUAGCAAUCACCAAGAAGAAUACAAAUGCUGCCCUUGUAUAUUCCUUCCUGUACAAAAUAGUGGAGGUCUUCAAAGAGUAUUUUAAAUCCUUGGAGGAGGAGAGCAUACGAGACAACUUUGUGACUGUGUAUGAGUUAUUGGAUGAGGUCAUGGAUUUUGGGCUUCCUCAGACCACUGACAGCAAGAUCUUACUGGAGUAUAUCACACAGCAAGGGCAUAAAUUGGAGAUUGGGGCUCCUCGCCCUCCAGCAACGGUUACCAAUGCAGUGUCCUGGAGGUCAGAGGGCAUCAAGUACAGGAAAAAUGAAGUGUUCAUGGAUGUCAUUGAGUCUGUCAACUUAUUGGUCAGUGCUACAGGCAGCGUCCUGCGCAGUGAGAUUCUGGGCUCCAUCAAACUGAAAGUGGUUCUUUCAGGCAUGCCUGAGCUGAGGCUGGGGCUCAAUGACAAAGUGCUCUUCGAGAUCACCGGCAGAGAGAAGAGUAAGUCAGUGGAGUUAGAGGACGUUAAGUUUCAUCAGUGUGUGCGUCUCUCUCGCUUUGAGAAUGACCGAACCAUCUCCUUCAUUCCUCCUGACGGAGAGAGUGAACUCAUGUCCUAUCGACUUAACACCACAGUGAAGCCCCUCAUAUGGAUUGAAAGCAUGAUUGAGAAAUUUUCUCAUAGCCGAGUAGAGAUCAAAGUUAAGGCUCGCAGUCAGUUUAAGAGCCGCUCCACAGCCAACAACGUGACCAUCCUGGUGCCUGUGCCCAGUGACGCUGACUCACCCAAAUUUAAGACCAGCACUGGCCAUGCCAAGUGGUUGCCUGAGAAGAGUGCUGUUGAGUGGACUAUCAAGUCCUUCCCAGGAGGGAAGGAGUACAUGAUGAGGGCUCACUUUGGACUGCCGAGUGUUGAGAGUGAUGAACAAGAAGCAAAGAGGCCGAUUACUGUCAAUUUUGAAAUCCCUUAUUUCACUGUAUCAGGGAUUCAGGUCCGAUACCUAAAAAUCAUUGAGAAAAGUGGGUACCAGGCGCUACCAUGGGUACGAUACAUUACACAGAGUGGAGAUUAUCAGCUGAGGACAAACUGAAGGGAUGAUGGCUAUUUGUGCAGACUGUCCUGGCCUACUGUUCUCCUCAGAGUGAGCAAGAGAGAGAGAGAGAGAGAGAGAGAGACAGCUCUGUGGUGUUCUAAAACAUCACUCAACCGGUUACAGCCUCUCUCUCUUCUACUUUAUCUAUGUAUGUGUGUGUGAGAGAAACAGAGAGAGGAAGACAGUAAGUUUGCAUGUGCAUUAAAGGGUCCAUAUCCUAUUGUUUUGUUUUGUAUUUUAUUGUUCUCUCUUUGAGGUCUACUCAUACAAUUUGCGUGGUUUUAUGUACCAAAAACAAUCAGAAUUCAUUUUUAUAAGGCCAUUUCCAACCUCUCUUAAUUCCUUAGAAUUAAACAGGCUGUUUCUGUUACUGUGCCUUUAAGACUGGUAUUAGGUAAAUGAGUCCCAUUUUGAUUGGCUGCCCUGUAUUGUGCCUCAUUCAAAAGCGGUCCAGGCUCAAACACUCCUUCAAACGUGAAUGCGUGAAGCUAAACUACUGAAUAGGUGGAUAUACGAAAUGUAUAGGUUUUUAUGACAACACAGAAGCAGUUAAUACAAAACAACUUGGUUUCCAUAUAUGGGUAAUGGGUAGUGUUUACAUCAGACAUUACAUUCUCAGAAAUGGGCCCUUUAAAACGUCUGUGAACAAAGCAAUAAAAACUGGUCAUGCAACAUAUUAUUUUAGAAACAUUUUGACAGGUUUGGUAUUUGGUUGGCUUUGUUUUCUCUUUUCUUUGUUUAUACAUAUGUAGUCUGUUACUUGUUUAGCAUUACGUUUAAUUGUUAUGUAUUUAACAAGAGGAUGAUUAUGUAAAUCCAUCAUUUUAAGAAAUGUAAUUGGAACCAGUUUAAAUAGAUCUUUUAUUACUCCUCAUCUAUCAUGAUCCUGAAAGAAGGAAGUGGCCGUUUUUAUUAUAUAGUUUUUUAUAAAACGUAACCCCACUGACCAGUGGAAUGAAUACCUUGUGCACAAAAUCAAUGAUUAAUAAGGCUGUACACUGUCAGGCUCUGGUGUAACACUAUAUUUUCCCCACAGUAUCCUUGUAGCCUUGUCUGUUGUGUUUGCUUUUGCAAAUGUGAAAGUCUAAAGAAUGUCUCUACUUCACAAACGCAAGGAAACUCGAGAAGCAGACUCCAGAGCACUGCUGAUUUGUCAGUUAUUGUAAGAAUGAGAAAUUUUAAUGAAUUCAUUCUAAGGGAACUUGGGUUGAGGAGCUAAAUGUACAGUUUUUUGUACAUCUGUCACAUAUAAUUCUACAGCAUGUGCAGGGUGAGAAUAUCUCAGCUAGAAGACUGAGAAAGCAGACUCUAAAUCACUGCCUGAUCUGUCUCCAAAUCCUAUGAUUAAGCAUUAGACCAGAAACGUCCUGCUUUAAAUUUCCACUGUCUUCUAUGUGUAAUUGUAGAGAAUACACUGCCAUAAGUCCCUGUAUUCAGCAUGCAUUGCAUCACUUGUUCUAUCAGCGAGGCUGCCGUGCGUAUGGAAUACUGUUGGCACCUCUGCAGAGGCAGCAGAAUAUAUUAUUUGUCGUAAGUAUGACAGCCUGCCUCUCUUUCACAUUCUCUCACCGGGGACCAAUGGUGUGCUAACCUCUGGAUAAUUAUUCCACCACAUUCCCAACUCUGAAAUCUGUUUUUGAUAUUCCGCUUUUUUAUUUAUUAAAUACCUGCUCUCUGCUUCCACUUGAUACUGUACAAUAUGUGACUGGAAACAAAUAAACUGCUGUUUUGUUCUUUUAAAUUA